CAAUAUUGUAGGAGGGUAAAGUAUAUUUAAUAAGACUAAUAUUUGUCCUCACGUGCGGGAAGAAAUAAAGGACGAAGUAAAGGGGCAAUAGAGUAAUUACAGGGGCUUCAAAAAAAUUCGCGGUCCGUUAAGUGAUUUUUACGUGGAAGGCUUUCAUGCUUGCGAGUUCAUCUCUAACAAACUUGUUUCCACACACAAACCUUUUUCACGAGAUUUGCAGAAUCCAAACCUCUUUCCCCCUUUUGGGGUAUGCAUCCAAAAAGUCCCAAACUCCUUUUUCUUCAUUUAUACACCCAUUACCCAAACGUCACAACUCUUAUAAUCUUAAUUUUAAUUUUUUCCCCUUUUCUAUUUAAAAAUAUUCAUAUAAUAUAAAAACACAAUCACUGUGGCUGGCUGGCUGCUGUUAAUUGAAUCUGAGCAAUGGCGGCGUCCAACGGGAGCGAGUAUUUCGAGCUCGACGUCGAGUUCGAGGCGGAGAGCACAUUUUCGCGGCCGUCCAACGCCGAGCUGGUGGAGCAGGACGAGUCGGAUCUCCGAUGGGCGGCGAUCGAGCGGCUACCGUCGCAGCACCGCACCAAUUUCGCCCUGGUGAGGCGCUCCGCCUCCGAAUCUGACGGCGGCGGCGGCGAGUGCACCGACACCGUUGAUGUGCGGAAACUCAAUCGCCUCAAUCGCGAGCUUGUUGUCCGGAGAGCACUCGCCACCUCCGAUCAGGAUAAUUACGUACUCCUCUCCGGGAUCAAAGACCGCCUUGACAAAGUGGGUUUGGAGAUUCCAAAAGUUGAAGUCCGAUUCGAGAACCUACAAAUCACUGCCGAUGUAAACAUAGGUUCAAGAGCUCUGCCGACAUUGGUGAAUUAUACUCGUGAUAUGUUCGAGCAAUUAUUAACUACGUUGAGGAUAUUUCGCCCAAAAAAACAUGCAUUAACCAUCCUAAAUAACAUCAGUGGUGCAGUAAAACCAGGAAGGAUGACACUACUCUUAGGGCCUCCAGGCUCAGGGAAGUCUACAUUACUUCGGGCGCUUGCUGGGAAACUUGAAAACGGUUUGAAGAAAACUGGGAGCAUCACAUACAAUGGUCAUAAUUUUGACGAAUUCUUUGUUCAAAGGGCUUCUGCUUAUAUAAGCCAGACAGAUAAUCACAUUGCAGAGCUAACUGUGAGAGAAACACUAGAUUUUGCUGCUCGAUGUCAAGGUUCUAGUAAAGGUUUUUCAGGAUAUAUGAAGGAUCUUACUGCGCUCGAGAAGGAAAAAAACAUACGCCCCCGUCCUGAGAUAGAUGCUUAUAUGAAGGCAGCAUCUGUUGCUGGUAAAAAGCACAGUGUCUCGACGGAAUAUAUAUUGAAAGUUCUUGGUCUAGAUAUAUGUUCAGAUACACUUGUUGGUAAUGAGAUGCUCAGGGGUGUUUCAGGGGGUCAAAAGAAGAGAGUCACCACAGGAGAAAUGGUGGUUGGGCCACGGAAAACUCUUUUUAUGGAUGAAAUCUCUACGGGGCUCGAUAGCUCUACAACCUACCAAAUUGUUAACUGUAUAAGGAACUUUGUUCAUGUAAUGGAAGCAACAGUCCUAAUGGCUCUUCUUCAGCCAGCUCCAGAGACUUUUGAUCUUUUUGAUGACCUCAUAUUACUCUCCGAAGGGUAUCUUAUAUAUCAAGGUCCUCGUGCUGAAGUUAUUGAUUUUUUCGAGUCAAUGGGUUUUCGAUUGCCCCCUCGUAAGAGUGUUGCUGAUUUUCUGCAAGAAGUAACAUCAAAGAAGGAUCAGGAGCAAUACUGGGGUGAUCAUUCAAAACCGUACGAGUUCGUCCCGGUUUCGAAAAUAGCCGAAGUCUUCAAGAAUUCAAUAUAUGGUCAGAAUCUGGAGUCUUUUCUCUCUGUUCCAUAUGAUAAAUUUAAAAAUCACCCUUCAACUCUGCCCAAAACAAAGUAUGCGGUACCAAGAAUGGAGCUUUUAAAAGCUUGUUUUUCCAGAGAAAUACUUCUCAUCAAUAGACAUCGCUUCCUAUAUAUCUUCAGAACAUGCCAGGUUGCAUUUGUAGGAUUUGUGACGUCUACAAUGUUUCUCCGAAUGAAACAAAAUCCAGCCGACGUGACAAACGCCGAGCUCUAUCUUUCAUGUUUGUUCUUUGGGCUGGUCCAUAUGAUGUUCAACGGAUUUACUGAACUACCCCUUAUGAUAUUUCGGCUUCCGGUAUUUUACAAGCAACGAGAUAAUCUUUUCCACCCUGCAUGGGCAUGGUCUUUCUCGAGUUUCGUACUUCGUGUCCCUUACUCCAUGAUUGAAGCUAUUGUAUGGUCUUGUGUAGUAUAUUACACUGUAGGAUUUGCUCCUGCAGCUGGAAGGUUUUUCCGAUAUAUGCUUCUACUUUUCUCAGUACACCAAAUGGCAUUGGGUCUGUUCAGGACAAUGGCUUCUCUAGCAAGAGAUAUGAUCAUUGCUAACACUUUCGGGUCAGCUGCAUUAUUGAUAAUAUUUUUGUUGGGAGGAUUUAUCAUACCAAAAGAAAUGAUCAAGCCAUGGUGGGUUUGGGCCUUUUGGGUAUCUCCACUGUCGUACGGGCAGCGUGCAGUUUCUGUCAAUGAAUUUACUGCUACAAGAUGGAUGGAGAUAUCAACUGGCGGGAACACCAGUCUUGGAGACACGAUUCUGAAGCUUCAUAGUUUACCCAGUGACGGUUAUUGGUAUUGGAUUGGAAUUGGUGCUUUACUAGGAUAUGCUCUGGUUUUCAACAUUGCUGUGACAAUAGCACUAGCUUAUCUCAAUCCUAUUCAAAAAUCACAGACAAUUUCCCCUCCAGAUGAGAACCAGGAACAUUUACCUAUCAAUGGCAACGAUAGUAGAACGCAAAAGAAAGGUAUGAUAAUGCCGUUUCAACCAUUGACAAUGACUUUCCAUAAUGUUAACUACUAUGUUGACAUGCCCAAGGAAAUGAGUUCUCAAGGUAUACCAGAAACUCGGUUGCAACUUUUGUUCAAUGUGAGCGGAGUAUUUGCGCCAGGUGUCCUCACAGCAUUAAUGGGGGCCAGUGGGGCAGGGAAGACCACUUUAAUGGAUGUGCUUGCUGGUAGAAAGACUAGUGGCUAUGUCGAAGGAGAUAUCAAGAUUUCCGGCUACCCAAAGGAGCAGAAAACCUUUGCUAGAAUAUCAGGAUAUGUUGAACAAAGCGACAUACAUUCUCCUCAGCUAACAGUUAUCGAGUCUCUCUGGUUUUCUUCAUUUCUUCGUCUUCCAAAGGAUGUCAAUGAUAUCCAAAGACAAGAGUUUGUUGAAGAGGUAAUGCAAUUAGUUGAACUCGAUCCGCUAAGGAAUGCUUUAGUAGGCUUGCCAGGCAGCACUGGCUUGUCCACGGAGCAAAGAAAACGUUUGACGAUUGCAGUGGAGCUUGUUGCAAAUCCGUCCAUUAUUUUUAUGGAUGAGCCUACAUCGGGUCUCGAUGCACGUGCAGCAGCUAUUGUUAUGCGAACAGUACGUAACACGGUUGAUACUGGAAGAACUGUUGUGUGCACCAUACAUCAGCCAAGUAUCGAAAUAUUUGAAGCCUUCGAUGAGCUUCUACUUAUGAAGCGAGGAGGGAGAGUAAUAUAUGGCGGGAAACUUGGUGAUAAAUCACAAACAAUGAUCGAUUAUUUCCGGAGUACAAGUGGAGGAGUUCCUCCAAUACCUGAUGGUUACAACCCAGCAACUUGGAUGCUUGAGAUAAGCACAGCUUCCAUGGAAGAGAAGAUUCAUCAAGACUUUGCUGUCAUAUACGAACAUUCACAGCAGUUUCGGAAUGUUGAAGCUUCGAUUCAGAGUUGGAGUGUUCCACCUGAAAAUUCCCAGCCUCUGAAAUUUACGUCCACGUAUUCUAAAGAUACUAUUUCUCAACUUAAAAUAUGCCUCUGGAAGCAAAAUCUCGUUUAUUGGAGAAGCCCAGCGUAUAACACAGUGAGAUUGUUCUUUACAACAAUAAGUGCUAUUAUUAUUGGCACAAUAUUUUGGGAUGUCGGUUCAAAGAGGGAUUCGACUCAAAACUUGUUUGUUGUAAUGGGAGCUCUUUACUCUUCUGUCUUGUUUCUUGGGGUCAAUAAUUCUUCAUCUGUACAACCAGUAGUAUCUAUUGAGAGGACAGUUUUCUACAGAGAGAAAGCUGCUGGAAUGUACUCUCCUAUUCCAUUUGCAUUUGCCCAGGGCCUUGUGGAGAUUCCGUACAUUCUGGUGCAGACAAUAUUAUAUGGUAUAAUUACAUACUUCAUGAUCAACUUCGAGAGGACAGCUGGCAAAUUUUUCAUGUAUCUGGUGUUUAUGUUUCUGACAUUCACAUACUUCACCUUUUACGGAAUGAUGGUUGUCGGUCUCACUCCCACUCAACACUUAGCCGCUGUCGUUUCCUCUGCAUUUUACUCACUGUGGAAUCUCCUCUCCGGUUUCCUUGUCCCAAAACCGAGCAUUCCUGGAUGGUGGAUAUGGUUCUACUAUAUCUGUCCAAUUGCAUGGACUUUGCGCGGCAUAAUAACAUCACAGCUAGGCGACGUAGAGUCGAUAAUCGUAGGGCCUGGAUUUGAGGGUACUGUGAAGGAGUUCAUAAACGUGCGUUUUGGUUUUGGGCCAGGAAUGCUCGGAGUUACAGUAGCGGUGCUCCUUGGUUUUAGCGUUCUCUUCUUCACCGUUUUUGCCGUCUCUGUCAAAAUUCUCAACUUCCAGAGAAGAUGAACUAACCCGCUCAUAUACAUACAUAUCUUAUGUAUGAAUCUGAGAAGUACAUAUAUGCUUCUCUCACAAAUUUACUCAUAUAUAGUUCAAAUACUCCGUUGGUAUUUCACCAAGUCACACUUGGAGUUUUUCUGAUUCACUUCAUUCACAUGGAACUGUAGCAGAUAUGGAACCAUACCAUUUUGUAUUUCUUUCAGAAAUAAUAUAGAUGAAGGUUAGAAUUGUUCACAUAGAAUUGUUCACAUAAUUUUUUUUAAAUAUCUAUAUAUUAUCAAAAACAUUGUAAAAUCAAUAUUUUACAAGCUAUGUGAAAAAGGGA